UGAACAGCUGUGAGAUUGGACUUGGUCCCCUAUAAUGCUCAUUGCUGAUUGUCUUUUUCAGGCAUUUUUUUCAAUUUCGAACAAUGGUGGAUGUUUACUAUCGCAAACAUCAUCCUGGGCGUGAUCAUGAUCGCUCGGUUGCAUGCCAUGUAUCAGCGAUCGAGAAAAAUGCUCAUCUUUCUCGUUGUAUUCUUCCUUGCCUUGACGAUUACUAGCGGAGUAAUCACGGUAAUACAAAGCUCGCAUCUUACAGGAGAGGAGGUCGUCCUCUCUGGUACUUAUCAGUGCAAAGACUGGGGAAAUAGCUUUCUUCUAUCAGCUGUCACUUGGAUACUCGGCACUGUAUGGGAAGCUCUCGCGUUGUAUCUUUCAGUCCGUAUUGCUAUAAAGCAUUUCCGCGAACGACUAUUGACAAGAUCGAUUAUUGAGGACGUUUUCACGAUGUUAAUAAAAAGUCAUGUGUUUUACUUUGCAAGCUUUCUUGCUGUUGCUUCCUUCCGCAUGAGCUUGGUCUCUCCAAAUCUACCGGACGGAAUUUCUGAGGGAGAUGUGCUUUAUUUCGCUGUUGCGCUGAUUUCCGCGCUUUUGCAGAUGUUUUUGCUGGGACCGCGCCUCGUCCUCAGCGUUCGAGAACACAGCACUAGGCUUGUGGAUGACUCCGACAGAGCAACUGCCAUGACUACGAUUGCAUUCCAGGAGUGCACAGUCGUGUCGACUGAUAGCGGUGUGUAGUAUGGGAAAUGCUCCAUGACAUUGAUAUCUUGGCGUUGGUGUAUUGCAGGAAGGUU